AUGGAUCGUAAACUGUUGAGUUUAACAAAACAUCCGGCCAACGCUUUGAAGGACAUAACUAACGAUAGCCCUGGAACAUUAACUAGUGAUUCUGUAGAAUUAAACAAGACAAUAAAACUGUUCAAAGAAAAAGAUCAAGACAAUCAUACUGAUACAAAGAACGCGGAAAAUGAAAAAUGUUUUGCAGAAGAAAACGAGGAACUGCAGUCAGCUCUAACCGAAUUACAAAAAGAAAUUCAUAUGACACAAAACAUUUUAGACAUAGGAAAAAACAAUGAUUUAUCAUCCAGCUUUUUCAACAAUGCAAUAAUAUCCGGCAUAGUGCAAACGGAUAUUAUUACAAACUAUGAUAGUUCUAUUUUUUCCGAUAAGAUUGAGAUGCUCAAUGCCAGUACAACAAACGAUAUUGCCGCGCAAACAAAAACUCCUUUGGAUUUCAAUAAAAACCAACGUGAAGGAAAUAGUAGAAAUGAAGUUAAUGAUGAAGAAGAUGCAACAAAUCAUCCAGAAGAAGUAGAUAAUGUAAACAAUGACCCUAUAUAUCAAAUCGAAGAUGAUGGGGAACAACAUUCUGAUGAAGAAAAUAAUGAUUCCAACAUAACUGUUCUCUUUUUCUUAUUCUUUAGAAUCAACUCUGCCACUAAUUUCAAAAUGGUAUCUAAUAACUGGAAGGAUUGCAAUCCUGUUAAAGUAGAUAGUUCUUUAGCACUAACAAUUCUGUUUUAA